GCAGAGCUAAGAGAGAACAGUCUUGCUGUUGGUAGAGUGCGUUAAUUGAAAGCAUGUUGGCUACAAAGCUGUCCCGGCCUCUCCUGAACCUCUCUGUGAAAUCCCUUAAUUUGAAGGACCCAGGGAAUGGUUUCAGGCCUCUGCAAAGAUUUUGCUUUCCUCUCUUGUCCCCUUGUAGCAGCCGGUCUUAUGCAAGUGAAGUUGAUGAGAUUGGCAGCAGAGCUGUGCUUAUAACAGGUUGUGACUCCGGGUUUGGAUUUGCCUUGGCCAAGCACCUGCAUACCAAAGGCUUCAUUGUUUACGCUGGCUGCCUGCAAAAGGACAAAGGAGAUGGUGGCUCCAAGGAUCUGGACAACAUGAAGAGUGAUCGAAUGAGAACUGUCCAGCUCAAUGUCUGUGACAGCAAAGAAGUGGACCGAGCCCUGGAGCACGUGAACAGCAGUCUGGAGGACCCAGAGAAAGGGCUCUGGGGGCUGGUUAACAACGCUGGGAUCUCCACGUUCGGGGAAGUGGAGUUCACCAGCAUGGACACCUACAUGGAGGUAGCUGAAGUGAACCUGUGGGGGACUGUGCGAACCACCAAAGCGUUCCUCCCGCUCAUCCGGAGGUCGAAAGGUCGUGUGGUGAACAUCAGUAGCAUGAUGGGUCGGAUGGGCAGUCCUGCCCGGUCACCGUACUGCAUCACCAAGUUUGGCGUGGAAGCCUUCUCCGACUGCCUGCGGUACGAAAUGCAGCCCCAGGGGGUGAUGGUCAGCAUCGUGGAGCCCGGUAACUUCAUAGCUGCCACCAACCUGUACAGCCCCGAGCGGAUCAAAGCCAUAGCCGACAAAAUGUGGGACGAGCUCCCUGAGAUAGUGCGCAAAGACUACGGCAGGAAGUACUUCGACGAGCAGGUCAGCAAGAUGGAGACGUACUGCAACAGCGGCUCGACGGACACCUCGCCGGUCAUCGAAAGCGUCACCCACGCGCUCACCUCCACGGCACCCUACACCCGCUACCACCCCAUGGAUUACUACUGGUGGCUGCGCAUGCAGAUCAUGACGCACAUGCCCGCUGCCAUUUCAGAUCGGCUCUAUGUCUAUUGAGGCCUCACACUCCUAGGCUACUCAGGUGGGGAGCUUGUUUCAAAGAGAGCAUUGUACACACUUUCUGGUAGUUCUUUUAAAAAUUUUCUAACCUCAUUUCGGAGUACUGUAUUUUAGCUCUAAAGGGUUCAUUUAAACGUCUGACAUAACCUAAAGGGCAGUAAUUUGCAAGGAUGCUUCUUAGGCAGGAAUACCUUGUGUUUGUGCCGGGACAUGGAUUCUUUGCUAUUUAU